AUGAGCUCGCCUCCCCCCAAACAAUCAUUAUCGUCCCCAACAUCCGGCAAUACGCCUCAGCCGGUAUUGCCAACACCUUCCUCUUCGACAUCUGUCUCACUAAGACAAUUGAACCACAACAAGCAAUCCCAAAUGCGAAGAGAGCUAGAGCAGCAGCUGAUAGAGAAGCAGAAGCAACUGCAGGAAUCAAACAGCGGGAUUGGAAAAAAUGUGCUUGCGAGACAAGUGAGCCAGCUUCAAGAUCGUUUGAAAGAGAUGGAUAACAACAUCAGUCAUGAGGAACUACAGCCCACAUCCUCUGUUGAUAGAUUGAGAUCGUUAGAAAGAGACCUGUCGUCUUACAGAUCACAUCCUCUGUCACCUGGUAUAUCAUCCAUCCGUAACAAAGAGAAGUUACUGAACCAACGCUCUCCAACACACACUACCACUUCAGUAAACUCUACCGGCUUAGAUCCUUUACCCAGUCCUACAACAUCCACUCUUUUACCGCCUGCACAUGGCCAUGAUUCUACCUCCAUGCUGCCAUUACCACCACCUCCUACAGGAUCCACACCUACAAAACGCAGAUCCAAGAUACCGAAUACAGACCGCAGAAACACCGAUAUUGAAUUCGCUACAGAAAUUGGUCAGGGGCUACUGUUAGAGGUGAGAAAGAUGCAAGCACUGCUACAGGAGAAAGAGGAAAAGCUUCGUACUUUAGAGAAUCAAAAAGCUGAUCUUGAACGAACUGCUGAAGCCAUGGCAAAGCAGAUGCGUCAAAGAGAAGAGAAUGAAGAAAAACUAAAGGAAGAGACUUGGAAUCUGGAGCUGGCAAAGCAAGAGCUGGUAGUCAGUGUCACUGACCUUCAGACGAACCUGACCAAAGCCAACGCCGAGCAAAACAAGCUAGCCAAGCAAGUCAAUGAGCUGCGAACUGAAAUUGAGCAACUGCGUGAUAGAGAGGAAAAGCUGACUACGACUAUUGACAAAAUGAAGCAGCGCCACGAACAAGACAUGUCGUCUUUACGUCGGCAUGCAGCAGGCAUCCAGCGAGAGAAAUCUGACCAGUCCAAACAGAUCGAAGCAUUGACAUCCGAACUCGCAAUUGCCAAAGCACAAUCACGUAUUGGUAAGCAUGCAUCGAUGGAAGCGGACGCUCAUCUGCGUCGCAGUGAUAAAGAGCAGACAGACAGCGAUCAAGCCAAGAGCACAUUGGCCGUAAGGAAUGAUUCGUCACCCUCCACCUCGCCGCCUUCCUCACCCAAGCAAUCACCCACACGCAACCAAGCGAUGGAAGUAGAAACACUCAAGACAUCACUCGCACAUGCACAUCGUAUCAUCUCUGGUUUGAGAUCCAAUCUCCACAAGGAAAAGACCGAGAAAUUUGAGUUCAAGAAGCUCUUGGCAGAGUCUCAGGAAACCAUUGAGCAACUACAAAACGACCCUCGCAUGUGGGUGGAUGCAGGCCCCACACGAGGUGCCGGUGGUUCAUCGUCCAACAUGAGUGCUCGAGUGGAAGAUGGUCAGUUUGGAGGUCGCAGAUCACACAAAGCAUCCACUUCGUCCGCAUCCAAACGCAGAGGAAAGAAGACGCUUGAUCCCAGACGCAGUAAUAGCAACAAGCUGAGCAAAUCGAGAAACACUGGUGACAACGAUUCAGUGUAUUCGUACACGUCCAUGUCAGACAACGAGGACAGUGAACUGGAUAGCUUUGAUGAGAGCGAUGCGGAUGCCUUUAACAGUAACAGUAACCACAAGAACGGCAAGUCAACAAGUAAGAAAGCAGCAGCCAUUGGAUUUACACCAUUGUCCUCAGAACUUUCUCAGAGUCAAGCACAAAAACCUGUAGCUAUGGAUGCUCAAGUCAAUACAGACGAACUGGACGUACUGCCGCCAUUAGCUACUGUCAUUGAUACAGACACUUCAACAGCGCCUCGAUCUCUCAGUGAUGAAUUAGGCAUGGCCAUGUCCCGAACUCCAUCGACUGCUGCUGCUGCUGCUACCAAAGAGCCCAGCAUCACAGACUCUCUCAAGAAUGUCACAGGUGGUAUUGCUGCUGCUAUUGGUAUGGGCGCUCUACUUGACAACGACAAGAAGACAGGCAUUGAAAUCUCUACACAAACGGACGAGGAGCCAGCCAAGGCGAUAACUUGCGAGAUAUCUACGCAAACAGAACAAGCGACAUUGCACGAUGUAACUCAAGCUGCUUUCAGUCUGGAGCCUGAGGACCCUGCCAUCGCUCAAGCUGCUCUUGCUGCUGCUAUUACUGAAUCUCGUAAAGCUGCUUUGGAAAAUGCUGUAGAUCAACAAACACAAAGCGAACCCGAGGACCCUUCGAUUGCUGAAGCUGCUCUUGCCGCUGCUACUGCUGCUGCAGUCUUGGCCUCUCGCAAGCAAGCACUUGAAUCUGCUGUUGAUCAAGAAACACAAAGUAAAGUGGAGGAUCCUGCAAUUGCUGAAGCUGCAAUUACUGCUGCCAUUGCUGCCUCUCGUCAACUUGCUUUCGAGUCUGCCGUCAGUCAAGAGACUCAAUGUGAUCCUGCUAUUCAAGAAGCAAUGGUUGCUGAUGCCCUUGCCAAUGCUCGCAAGACUGCUCUGGAUUCUGCCAUUGAUCAUGAAACUCAAAGCGAUCCUGAAGAUCCCUCUAUUGCUGAAGCUGCCCUUGCUGCAGCCACUGCUGCUGCUGUAUUAAACUCUCGUAAGCAAGCACUAGAGUCUGCCGUUGAUCAAGAAAUUCAAUGUGAUCCAGAGGAUCCCUUCAUUGCUGAGGCUGCUACUGCCUCUGCUAUUGUCGCAUCUCGUCAACAUGCUUUAGAGUCUGCUGUCAGCCAAGAAACUCAAUGUGAUCCAGAAGACCCCUCCAUUCAAGACGCUCUCAUUGCCAAUGCUCUCGCUGCAUCUCGCAAAUCUGCUUUGGAGUCUGCUAUUGACCAGGAGAUUCAAUGUGAUCCUGAGGAUCCUGCUAUUGCUGAAGCCGCUCUUGCUGCUGCUACUGCUGCUGCUACUGCUGCUGCAGUAUUAGCCUCUCGUCAAGAAGCCCUUGCUUCUGCAGUUCAUCAAGAGACACAAAGCGAGACCGAAGAUCCAUCGAUUGCCGAGGCUGCCUUGGCCGCAUCCAACGCCGCUGCUAUUGCUGCUUCUCGCAAGGCUGCUCUCGAGGCUGCUAUCAGUCAAGAAACGCAAUCCGAAGCUGUUCCUGUAGUGGAUCAUGAAAUUCAAUGCGACCCUGUGGUAGGCACAGAUUGUGGCGUGCAGAGUCAAGUGGAUUCUGUGGAUGCUUCUAUCCAGUCUGAAUUGGUGGAAACCAAAGAUUCUGAUGUGCAAUAUGAAUCUAUUGAUACUGCCGAUGCUAGUGUGCAGCAUGAAGAGACAGAUGAGAGUCGCGAAUUAGCUGCUGCUGCCAUUGCAGCCAGUGCUUUGGCCGCAAAAGAAUUAGCUGUCCAGCACCACAGCAUUGGUACUCAAAGCGAAGACGUGCCUACAUCAGAUGAAUCAACACAAUGCGAGGUUGCUGCAGUCUUGGACCAUGAAACACAAUAUGACGUCCCUGCUGGUAUUGAUCAUAGUACGCAAUCAACAUUGGCUGAAACACUUGAGUGUGGCGUUCAAAGCGAGGCACCUCUCACUGUCGAUGCGGAUGUCCCAGUUCAACAUGAUCUUGCCGACACUAAGGAUGCUCAAGUUCAGUACGAGACGCCUGAUGUCUCUUCCAGCAAGGCUAUCCUUCCUGUGCCUCUCGUGUUGGGUGGCCAUGGAGAUCAAGACAAGGAGGCAUUGACCGUCCCUGCAGCUAGUACAGAGGAGGAGGACGAAGAAUUCUUUGAUGCCUCUGCAGAUUCAAAGCCUUCAAGUCACAAUACUAUCAAGAACGCUGCUGUUUUCAACAAUGCUGUACCAGCAUCUCGUGCUAUUAAAUCAGAUCAACCUGAUUCUAUUGCUGAUGGGCAAACUCAUGAGGAGAAGGAUAGUCAUAGUCUUCCCUUCGCUGCCGCUGCUGCCGCUCCUGCUGCUAUUGCUACUUCAAGGUCCAUCAACACAACUGAUGCUAGUCCAAACAAGGCACCUGAUGCCUCAUAUGACACUGCUUCCGAGCCCCGGCAUGAAAUUGUUCCUGAAAAGGUAUUCACUAAAGCUGAAACGGAUGCGCUUGUUGCCUCUGCUGUCGCCAUGGCACUUGCCAAUGCUGCUGCUUCUCAAAAGAGGGAGGAGCCCACUACCAAGAUUCUGAAUGUGGAUGACGUGGAAGAGGAGGAUUCCAAGCGACACACCUGUGACAUGAGCCACAACAACAAUAACAGCAACACCAUUGCACCUAAUCAUGAUGCCGAUUCAGCCGUUGUAUCUCAUUCAUCUGGUAUUGUGUCUAGAGAUGAUGAAGAACCUAUCAGCGAAGAGGACUACGGCAAUGUUGUUGUUCAUUUACCACGUGAAGAGGAUACAAUCACUUCAUCGCCUUACCAGGACAAGCGUCAACAACAACGUGAAUUAGAGGAGUUGGCUAUUCUCAAUCGUCAUGAUCAAGCUCCUCGCAGUGUUGGAAACGAAUUUGAACACCAUGCCUCCAAACCUCGUUCAUUGGAACUAUCCAUGGGCCCAGUAAUGACUUACGGAAAGGAACCAGUGGAUGUGGCGAAUGAUGCUGCCACAGGUGCUGUAGCUGGUGCUGUAGCUGGUGCAAUUGCUACUGGUGCCACACUCCAUCAUCAUCAUCAACAACAACAGGAGACAGACGAAGAGGAUAUCAUGGACAUUCCUGUGAGACCUGCCAAUCCACCUCCUGCUGCACUGCUGUCAAGAGCUGCUCUUUCACCCACCUUCAAUGAACGAUCCAUGUCCCCCGUAUCAGUACCCAGUUCCAAGGGCAAAGCACCAUAUGACUCUUACUCUGGUCUCUCAUCGCCCACAACCAACGACGACAACCAGCCUUCUUCUUCUCGCUUGGAUUUGAACAAGAGAGGAUCGGUCAGUGUAUCAAGCCUAUCGACCACCAACACCAACGAGCAACUUCAGUCCAUGGCUUCAUCUCAAUACGACGCCAGUGGCCGUGGUAGCACAGGUGCAGGCACCACAGAUCCCAACAUGAUCAACCUCAUUACACAGACCAUGAUUGGUGACUGGAUGUACAAGUACACAAGAAAAGCAGUGGGUGGUGGUCUAUCUGAGAACAGACAUCAACGUUAUUUCUGGAUUCAUCCUUACACCAACACGUUGUAUUGGUCCACUGCUGGUCCUGGUGGAAAUGGCAAUGGACAUGAAGCCAAAGCCAAGUGUGCAUUAAUUGAAAAUAUCACAGCUGUGCCUGAUUAUACCUCAAAUGCCAACGGUCUACCGAAUGUCAGCCUUUUGAUCCAAACCAGUCAGCGCCAACUCAAAUUGACAGCACCAACCAUGGAGAAACAUGAGCGCUGGUUAGAGUCUAUUCAAUACUUGAUUGCUCGCAAUGCCAAUGGUUCCAAUGCUGGACUUACGCUGCUCAAUGAUGCCAGCCGAAGAGGACCUGAAAACUCCAUGAACAAUAGGUCAGUAUCCAGUGGCACAACAGGCUCACUGCUCAACAGACCUAGCUUCCGCCGCAUCCAUGACAUAUUCCAACAACCCUCCGUGUCCACUUCAGCACCUUCCAUGGCUACUUCCACAGGAGAUGAUCACACCGAUUUAGACGAUGAAGAAGAUGAAGUACUUGAGGAUGUGCGCAUGUGUUGCAAUGGCAAACAUCAUGUCUCCAAGCUGGAAAAAGACCACACACAUCGACACCAAUAUCGCAAACGCAAGAACCACCACGAUAAAACCAGAAAUACCAUUCCAACUGUGGGCUAA